UAUGUGCACUACAUAGAUUGCAGACUCAAAGGUAUUUAGAUAGCGGUCCAAGGAUACCCUCUGUGUGGUGAUGAGCACGAAUUCCCAGUAGGAGCCCACGACGAACGAUCCAUACCCCAGAAUCAUCCAACUGAAAUGGACUAAUCGGUAGAUUCUGUUCGGGCAGCCUGGUAGAAUGGUUAUAGGUGCCGUAUUUGCCAGAACGGCGAUAAGUAGCAACCAAAAUACAGCUCUAUGAAACUCUUUGUACCUUUCUGCAUAUUGUGGAUAAUACGGAGAUGGUCUGCAAGCGAGCUCACGAUGGACACUACGUACUGGCAGAAUAUCCUGAUGACCCUCAACCGGUUGCUGGGCGUAUAUCCAAGCGGGAAAAGAGGCGUACUCCGCUGGAUCCACUCCCUUUGGAGCCUGUUCCUGCUUCUGUACAUCUGGAUUGGCAGCAUUGUCAAGUGCCUAGAGUUCACUGUGGAGGUACCCACGAUCGAAAAACUGCUCUACUUGAUGGAGUUCCCCGGCAACAUGACAGCCACCGCCAUUCUGGUUUACUAUGCCAUAUUGAAUCGUCCUCUUGCUCAUGGAGUGGAGUUCCAGAUUGAUUGCAUAAUCGCAGGACUCAAAGGAAAAACUAAACGUCUGCUCUAUAAGAGACAUGGUCAGAGGACUCUUCAUCUAAUGGUGACCACUAUAGUCUUCCAUGGCUAGUGUGUUCUGGUGGACGUGGUCAACUAUAACUUUGAGUUGUGGACCACUUUUAGCAGCAAUAGUGUCUACAACCUGCCUGCCCUAAUGAUGAGUCUGGGGGUACUCCAAUACGCCCUACCCGUCCACUUCCUGUGGCUUGUGCUGGACGAGAUGCGGACGUGUCUCAAGGAGCUGAAGUUGCUGCAGAGACCACCGCAGGGUACGACCAAGUUGGAUGCCCGUUACGAGUCCGCUUUUGCUGUUUUGGUAGAUGCGGGUGGAGGAUCUGCUUUGAUGAUUGAAGAGAUGAGAUCAGCCUGCAAUCUGCUUGAGCUUGCCCACAACAAGUAUCUGUCGAGAUUUGGUCCCUUUCUGGUGAUAAACUUAGUCAAUUCCCUGGUCAGCACUUGUGUAGAGUUCUACUUGGUCUUCAACUUCUUUGAGACUCCUCUCUGGGAGGAGACCGUGUUGCUUGUAUAUCGCCUGCUCUGGCUAGCCAUGCACGGCGGACGUAUCUGGUUCAUCCUGGCGGUCAACGAGCAGAUUCUGGAACAGAAAUGUAAGCUAUGCCAGCUGCUGAACGAGUUGGAGGUGUGUAGCUCGCGCCUGGAAAGGACCAUUAAUCGCUUUUUGCUACAGCUCCAGAGGAGUAUUGACCAACCCCUGGAAGCCUGUGGAAUCGUCACGAUGGACACGCGCUCUUUCGGCGGGUUUAUCGGCGUUCUGAUGGCCAUUGUCAUUUUCCUCAUACAAAUAGGCCUGGGCAAUAAAUCGCUAAUGGGAGUCGCCCUCGACAGAUCCAAUUGGGUUUACGUUUGACGAAAAAUGAGCUCCAAGGGUUAUCAAAGCGAAACCCAUCCACAUACAGGUAUUGAGUUA